AUGCCCACACCUAUUUUCACCGCAUUUAUUGACUUUGCUACCGGUUUCCCAACGCAGCUUGAUAAUUUCGGUGUCAAUUUGGAUCAUCGCGGACAGUCCGUGGAGAAUGGUGUCAAUGGUGUUGUCUCCCAUCAAUCUGAGGAACCUUACUCCACUAGGGAUUCUGUGUUGAAGCACGAAGAUGACUCCGCCGUUGAGUCUCUUACCGAAUCGAUGGAAGAUUGGGCCAGUGACAGGUCGCUUUCGCAACUUACCGCUACCGACACCGGCUCCGACUCCUCUCAGCUAUAUCUUGGACCACACGAUCCCUUUGAACCUAAGGAGCAGUUGGAUGGAUACAAUGCAGGUCGAAAACCAGUGUUUGCCAUUGCACAUCGGGUCCUAACGAUUCAAGGAAUGAAGGACGCGGUGGCCCACGGUGCCAAUGCUCUAGAAAUUGACAUGCGAGGCUGGAGUAGCUGGGGCCGCAAGGGCUGGUAUUGUGACCACGAUGGCACCAUCACGAGUCCCGGUGAUAAAGCAGAAGAUAUGUUCCGAGCAAUCCAAGACCAGCGGCGAAACGGCAAGACAAUCAACUUCGUGUGGUUGGAUCUAAAGAAGCCGGACGAGUACAAGGCCGGCGAGAACGCAAUCGAGAGACUCCGAGACCUGGCCAGGAAAUACCUCCAACCUUGGGGCGUUCGAGUUCUGUAUGGAUUUUACCGCAGCCACGUGGACGGGAGGGCAUUUGGUGUCAUUCGAGACAAUCACAACUAUCUUGAGGCAGUCAGUAUCAACGACAAGGCAGCCAACGUCCAUAAAUCGUUUCAACAUUAUGGGGCUAAGAUCCAAAACACGAAAAGGGUGGCGGAUUAUGGCUACUUCAAUCUUGGGUUUCAAUUUGGGAAUUGCUCUGAGCUGGAUUAUUAUACCUGCACUGAAUUGAGACAUGCAGGCCGAAUGCGAGAUGAGGGAAAAUUUGGUAAAGUUUUUGGCUGGACUCUUGCAGUUGACCAAGCUGAUCUUGCCAACGCUCUGCUGGGCACUGCACGGGUGGAUGGUCUGAUUUACGGUUUCAAAGUAACCGCAUAUAGGGACCAUGAAGAUACAAGGGCUGCUGUCAAAGAUAUCCAAACCUGGGUCCAGAAACACAGUGUGACCCAUUACCUUGCAGGGCAGAAUGACUCACCUUGGUAA